CAUUGUUGAACAAGAAACAUACCCUAGAGAGAAAAGAAAAAAAAGGAACUAAAAAUGGUGCUAAUGAGGUUUGCAAGUUUGGUACUUGGUCUUAUUUAUCUUUUGCAUGUCCUGAGAGGUUCUUCUGCUUGUGGCCAUGAAGGAAGUGGAAUGCAAGGAAACAGGCUAAUGGUGGUUGAUGAUGUUCCGGCUACUCCCGCCAGGAAAAUGAAGCUUGAAGGAAGGAAAAUGUUGGCGGAGGAAGUGCCAAGGAGGGAGAUUGAGAAAGAGGAAGAGACGAAUGGAGGGACUUCGAAAAUUUCAGGAAAGGAUCCAAAUGCUUCAAAGAGAGCUGCAAGAUCACAAGAUCACUUCAAUAAUAAGGUCAAUAAUAGCCCCACCCUGAAGGCAAAUACAAUGAGGGAGCCAGUCCAUUUUCCAAGUAUCAAGCCACACUACUACCACUUUCAAGAUUCCAAGGCAAUUUCAACUGAAUCCGCUCGAGCGCGACAAGAUGAAUCACGAACACUUUUUGAUGACCGGGCGAUUGCUGAGAUAGCGAAUCUGAUGCGAAAAGACUACGGUAAUAUUCACGGCAGCCCACCAAGCAACAACCGCGAGCCUAAUGAUUAAAGAACAUCUGUCCAGUUCAUGGCCUGUAGUUAGGUUUAGGCUCACAAUUUUGCCCCCCCACCCCCCCUAUAGAAGUGAAGUCUCCUAACAGUUUUUGUUACUAGUUUUGGUUUGUUUUUUGAUGGGUUAUAAAGACA